AUGAGCAACAAGUGGUGUGUUUGGUUCAUCCUUUUCCAAUGUCUUCUUCUUCUCCUUAAUCCUCAACAAUCGUCCUUGAUAACGGUCAUCCAUUCUCAAAGCCUCUCUUCUUCCAUAUUUGCUUCACCAUGUCCCAUCAAUUAUUACAAUUCGUUACAAACCAAUACAACAACCUCUUCCUCCUCAUUAUCAUCCAUACGAUGCGUUCCAAUCUCUUCUCAUCCUCUUUACAUGAAAUCAUGUGAGCUCUCCUUAGACUUUUCUGAAAACUCCAUCAUGGUGAAAGAUCCUUGUCAAGCCUUAGAUCCUCCUUCCGUACCAUUAUUACAGUGUUAUGUGCAUCGUUGUGUGCCAUGUAUUCCCAAUUCCAUGGAGGCUACUUCGGGUUUAUAUUGUAAAGCGAAUCUAUGGAAUACGAAUGAUGAUGAAAAGGAUGACCUCAUUGAAUUUAAACAAAUUUCGUAUUACAUGGGUUGGGAAUAUUUAGAUCGGAUCUUGUUGUUGUGGAUAAUCUUUUUGGGAUUGCUGGUCUUGUAUUUUGUCGUGUAUAUGGUUGUAAAUUAUAACAAGUAUAGUCAUCGAGAGUUUAAGAGACAAUAUGAAUUGUAUAUCUAUGAUUUCAUUGUGAAAAAGAUUCAUGAAUAUUGA